AUGUCAAACAGGAACCUUCAUGCUCGAGUUCUCGAUAUUGAAAGCGGAAUAAUAAUAUGGGAUGGCGAUGAUCAUCCAAGUUUGUCAGACGCAGAGGAAGAUAUAGAGGCAGCUGCACCCACCAAACCAUGGCUGACGGUAGAGGAGUUGGAAAAAGCAUUCCCAACAUUCGCUCAUGGGAAAACCAUAGAAAGGAAUGUGUGUGCCAUAUGUUUCGAUAAACUGAAAGAAGGAGACAAGUGUCGGAAACUUCUUCCUUCUUGCAUUCACAUUUUCCAUAAAACUUGCAUUGAUCUUUGGCUUUCUAGGCAUAAUAGCUGCCCACUUUGCCGUGCCGUUUUGUUCUUGUAA